UUCAAGAAAUCUAAUCCCCAGAAAACCCCACUCUUAUAAACCAUUUUAUUUGCCCAAAAUCUCCAUGCACAUCUAACAAAACCCACUCUCCACCCAAAAACACAUCAAAAUCUUCAUAAUCAUGCCAUUUAUUGGGGUUCAGCUCCACACUCAAGACACCCAUGUGAUGAUAGAUAAUGGCUUACUCCAACUGACAUUAUUGAACCCUGACGGGAUCGUGACCGGCAUUCGAUAUAACGGCAUCGAUAAUUUACUAGAAGUUCUAAAUGGUGAAGACAAUCGAGGGUAUUGGGACCUUGUUUGGAACUCACCAGGAACUCCUGGUACUACUGGCUCCUUUGACGUGAUUAAAGGAACAAGUUUCAAAGUAAUAGUGGAAAAUGAGGAUCAAGUUGAGGUUUCUUUCACAAGAACUUGGGAUAGUUCCCAAGAGGGCAAGCUUGUUCCUUUGAAUAUUGACAAAAGGUUCAUAGUGUUGCGUGGUUGCUCAGGCUUUUACACUUAUGCCAUUUAUGAGCACUUAAAAGAUUGGCCUGGUUUUAACCUUGCUGAAACCAGAAUCGCAUUCAAGCUCAGAAAAGACAAGUUUCACUACAUGGCCAUGGCAGACAAUAGGCAAAGGUACAUGCCAUUGCCUGAUGACCGUUUAUCAGGAAGAGGUCAAGCCCUGGCUUACCCAGAAGCUGUUCUCCUCGUUAAUCCAGUGGAGCCCGACUUCAAAGGAGAGGUGGAUGACAAGUACCAAUAUUCAUGUGAUAACAAAGACAGCCAAGUCCAUGGCUGGAUCUGCACCACCGACCAACCGGCAGUAGGGUUCUGGAUGGUCACACCCAGCAACGAGUUCCGGUCCGGUGGUCCAGUCAAACAGAACCUAACCUCUCAUGUUGGUCCUACAACCCUUGCUGUGUUUCUGAGUGCUCAUUAUACCGGGGAAGAUUUGGUGCCGAAAUUCAGUGCCGGUGAGGCCUGGAAGAAAGUGUUCGGCCCUGUUUUUAUCUAUCUUAAUUGUACAAUGGACGGAGAUGAGCCGCUUUCGCUUUGGGAGGAUGCUAAACAACAGAUGAUAAUUGAAGUUCAAAGCUGGCCUUAUACAUUUCCAGCCUCAGAUGAUUUCCCUAAAUCCAACCAACGUGGAAAUGUCAACGGUAGGCUUCUUGUCAAUGACAGAUAUGCUAGUGAUGACAACAUACCAGCCAAUGGAGCUUACAUAGGAUUGGUUCCACCAGGCAAUGUUGGGUCUUGGCAAAGAGAAUGCAAGGACUAUCAAUUUUGGACCAAGACAGACAUAAAUGGCUAUUUUUUGAUCAAUGACAUAAGACCUGGUGAUUAUAACCUUUAUGCAUGGGUUCCUGGCUUUAUUGGAGAUUAUCAAUAUAGUGCUGCCAUUACCAUAACUCCAGGUAGUGAAAUUGAGGUCGGCGAUCUGGUAUACAAACCUCCACGAAACGGGCCGACGUUGUGGGAAAUAGGAAUUCCUGAUCGUUCUGCUGCGGAAUUUUAUGUCCCGGAUCCUAACCCUAAGUACAUCAACAAAGUUUAUGUCAACCAUCCUGAUAGGUUUAGACAGUAUGGACUUUGGGAAAGAUAUGCAGAACUGUAUCCCAAUGAAGAUUUAGUUUACACAGUUGGCACUAGUGACUAUAAAAAAGACUGGUUCUUUGCCCAAGUAACCAGGAAAAUUGAUACUAACAAGUAUCAAGGAACCACAUGGCAAAUUAGAUUCAAACUUGACAAUGUAGAUCAGGGUAGUUCAUAUAAAUUAAGAGUGGCGAUUGCUUCUGCAACUUUUUCCGAAUUGCAGGUUCAAAUCAAUGAUCCGAAAACUAAUCCUUUGUUUUCGAGCGGGCUAAUCGGGAGGGAUAACUCGAUAGCAAGGCAUGGAAUUCAUGGACUCUACUGGCUUUACAAUGUAGAUGUACCUGGAAAAUUGUUGGUUCAAGGUGACAACACUAUCUUCCUUACGCAACCGCGAAGUAGUAGUCCUUUUCAAGGUAUCAUGUACGAUUACAUUCGACUCGAAGGUCCCUCAAAAUUAAGUUCUAAUGAAGAAUAUAUGUCGAGUACAUUGUAAUUAGAGAUGAAAUUGGAUAAUGUUUGUUUAUUUGAAUGGAUCAAUGCUAUAUGUUUUUAAGUAUUUGCAUACUUUACCAGUGUAAUAGAUAUUGUUUCGGUUGCUUUACGAAAA